AUGAGCCAACGCCAAGUCCUCCAGGGUUUUAAUGUUUCUUCUCUCUGACACCACAUUUUCUAGUAUUUGACCAGUAUCAGAAAUCACGAGUCCAAUUUGUGCAAACGGUUGCCGAGCUCUCGAAUAGACCUCAAAAUAUAGAGACACUGUUACAAUGUGGUGUGUUAUCACUUUUGAGGCCCCUGUUACUUGACGUUGUGCCGAAUGUCCAGCAGAACGCUGCUAUCGCAAUUGGGAGACUAGCAAAUCACAGCGAAGAGCUGGCAAGUUGCGUUGUGAAAUCUGAAAUACUCCCACAACUCGUAUAUUCCAUAUCUGAGCAGAAUGUAUGUUGUUCGGAUUAAUUUUGAUAUGUGCAGAGGUUUUACAAGAAAGCUGCUGCGUUUGUCUUGCGAUCCGUGGCUAAACACUCGGCUGAGCUUGCUGAAAAGGUGGUCGAAUCUGGAGCACUUGACUCACUUGUGUCAUGCCUGGAGGAAUUUGAUGUCGGUGUAAAAGAGAAUGCCGCAUGGAGCCUGGGAUACAUCGCGCGACACAACGCCAACCUAAGUCAGAUGGUCGUCGACGCCGGAAGUAUUCCGCUACUCAUACUUUGCCUUCAGGAACCUGAUAAUAAUCUCAAAAGAGCGGCUGCUAGUUCAUUGGGUGACAUUGCGAAACACUCCCCUGAUCUGGCCCAAAGUGUUAUCGAUGCUGGCGCAAUUGCCUAUUUAUCUAAACAUGUCACGAAUGCAUGCCCCAAACUCAAAGUAAAUAAGUUUAAGUUUCAUAUUAGUCUCAGAGACAAGCCUUUGCGUCCCUAGCACAAAUUGCAAAGCAUACUGCAGACUUCGCCGACCUAGUUGUUGAGUCCGAAAUCUUCCCCGCCAUCUUAAUAUCCCUCAAGGACAAAGACGAAGGAGUUCGGAAGGAAUGUGCAACGCUCAUACGGGAGAUAUGCAAACACACUUUGGAACUAAGCCAGCUUAUCGUUAAUUCGGGAGGAGCAGCCGCAAUCGUUGACUACAUAGGCGAGGCCUACGGGAACGCCAAUCUGCCUGGGAUAAUGGCCCUAGGCUACAUCGCCGCGCACUCCGAGAGAUUAGCAAUGGCGAUAAUUCACUCACUUGUAAGCCAGAGUUUUAAAUUGAUUGCCCUAGGGAAUACCUCAACUCAAGUCGGCGCUGGUGAAAGAAAAUGA